AUGUAUACUCAACAGAAGUAUCAAUCAACAUUAUUACCUCAACAGAAAUCAACAAUACAAAAAUUACUCGAUGAUAAUUCACAAUUAAUAACAUUAAUCCUUGAUUUACAAAUGAAAGGAAAACAAAACGAAUGUCUCGAGUAUCAUCGAAAAUUAUAUCGUAAUCUGACUUAUUUAACUCAAUUUGAUCUAACAACAUCCCAUCAUUCAAAUAGUUUACCACCGCCAGAUUCCUUCAACCAAACAUCAUCAUCAAUACAACAAAAUUCCAUAUAUCAUCAACAAAAUCUUCCAGCAAAAUCAAAUACCGAAAAUGUCAGUUCACAUCAACAAGCGAUGUAUAAUAAUUCUAAUGAACUACAAAAAAUUUAUCAUCCACAACAAAAUUAUCUUAUGCAACAACAAUGGCAUAAUCAAUCUCGUACACCUAUAAGACAACAAUCUGAAUCUUCUUAA